AUGGCUGCUCAGAAGGAGUUUGAUGGCAUCGAAACCGUUCUGGAGGAAUCCUUAAAAGAUCGAAACUAUGAGGAAGUUCGUCGAAUCCUCUAUGGAAGAGCGUUUCCGGUACUAGAAUUGUCACAAAAAGCGAAAGAUCUUGCUGUGAAUGGUAAUUUCGAAUUGAAGGCCUACUCUGUCUCAGCUCAAGCAGAGCAAUUGAGAGCUCCGCGGAGGGUCCGUAUCACAGCUAUUCAAAACUCCAUAGUGUUGGCUACGACGGCGCCAGUCUGCCAACAGAGAAAAGCGCUCCAUGAGAAGAUAUCUGCAAUGAUCGAAGUUGCGGCACUAGCAGGCGCUAACAUCGUCUGUCUUCAAGAAGCAUGGACGAUGCCGUUUGCAUUUUGCACUCGAGAACGUUUGCCAUGGACAGAAUUCGCAGAAUCCGCCGAAUAUGGUCCGACUACGCAAUUCCUCUCACAGGUAGGAAAGCUAAGUCAAAAAGAGGAGAAACUGAGUGCGAAUAAGGUUUAUGUGGAAGCACAUGAAGAUUUUGUUCUAUUCGCUGUCGUCUGA